AUGGAAGGCAACCAAGGCGGCCCAAGGGCGAUGGCCUCGACCUUCAGCUCAUCCUCGUCCGACGGCGACAGCCGCACUGCCCCACUCGACGGCCUCCGCGUCGUCGAGAUCGGCUCCUUCCUCGCCUGCCCGCUCACCGCGCGGCACCUCCUCGACCUCGGCGCGUCAGUCACGGCCGUGGUGCGACCAGAGUCCGCUCGGGGGCAGCGCGCUGAGCUGGCGUGGCGGCCAGAGACGACGAGGGCAUUGAGGAGUGGCAAGGACGUCGUGACCCUCGACCUCAAGUCGCCGGCCGGGCAGGAGGCGCUCGACGAGCUCUUCGUUGCGGCCGACGCUGUCGUCGUCGGCUUCGCUCCAGCGGUGUGCCGCCGGCUCCGCCUGACGGCCGAGCGGGUACAUGAGGUCAACCCUCGCGCCGUGCUUGCUCACCUGCCCGGCUUUGCGACGGGCGACGCGGAGCGGAGCAAGAUUGAGGCGUGGGAGGCGUCCAUCCUCGCAGAGGCCGGCGUCUUCCGAGACAUGGGCAUCAACCGCCAGCUCGCUGGCAAGCUCGCCUC